GUCCUUUUCCGCUAGACCCGCCCACCGCGUGCCUCUACUUUUACCUCCCCCCAAAUGUCGCACUCCGGAUUCGUAUUUCUUCCAUGACUAAACGCUUCGCCUAACUCCCCACUCUUCCACUAGCACCAGCAGCUGCAGCAGCAGCAGCAGCAACGGUAAGAGAAAGGAUUCAUAAUUUCUUUCGAAAUGAGGGGUUCGUUACCUAGCCACGGACGCCGAUGGUCCUCCGACACUGUUCCCGCCAAAACCACCGUCAGUGCUGGAACGUCACCCGCAACGGACUACGAAUCCGCCGAGGAGUUUUUGGAGGUUACUUUAGAUCUCCAAGACGAUGACACGAUCGUGCUGAGAAGUGUGGAGCCGGCUACUAUUAUAAAAGUUGAUGAUGGACCAGUUGAUACUGCUUCGGCUUCCGCGCCUGCCUCGGUUACGAGAUCGCCGAUGAUGAAGUUGAGCUCGCCGCGUAGAUUGAGGCAGUUUUCGCAGGAGUUAACAGCCGAAGCGGUGGCUAAAGCGAGGCAGUUUUCCCAGGAAUUGAAAGCUGAGCUAAUCCGGAGGUUCUCUUGGGGCCACGGACAAGCGGUGCGUGCGCUUUCCGCUUCCAUGACUCCUCCGUACGGAGGCGGCGGGUUCGACUCGGCUUUGGCGGCUCGCGCUCUCAGGAAGCAGAGAACUCAACUAGACCGGAAUCGUCCCGGCGCACAAAAGGCACUCCGGGGACUCAGAUUCAUAAGCAAUAACAAAGCCAACGCCUGGGACGCAGUUCUACAAAAUUUCGAUAGACUCGCUAAAGACGGCUUCCUCUACCGCGCCGAUUUCGCGCAAUGCAUUGGAAUGAAGGAUUCAAAGGAGUUCGCAUUGGAAUUGUUCGACGCAUUGAGCCGGAGGAGGAGACUGAGAGUCGACAAAAUCAGCAGAGACGAACUUUACGAAUACUGGUCCCAAAUCACGGAUCAAAGUUUCGAUUCUCGGCUCCAGAUCUUCUUCGACAUGGUAAACAAGAAUGAAGACGGUAGAAUCACGGAAGAGGAAGUAAAAGAGAUCAUCAUGCUGAGUGCCUCUGCAAACAAGUUAUCGAGAUUGAAGGAACAAGCAGAUGAAUAUGCAGCUCUUAUCAUGGAGGAGCUGGACCCUGAGAGACUAGGCUAUAUUGAGUUAUGGCAGCUAGAAACACUUCUUCUGCAAAAGGACACAUAUCUGAGCUACAGUCAAGCGCUGAGCUACACCAGCCAAGCUUUGAGCCAGAACCUUCAAGGUCUAAGGAAAAAGAGCCCAAUCAGAAGGCUAAGCAAGGACUUUUUGUACUAUGUGCAAGAAAAUUGGAGAAGGCUUUGGGUGUUGUCGUUGUGGAUUAUGAUUAUGAUAGGACUCUUCACGUGGAAGUUCUUUCAAUACAAACAGAAAGCUGCUUUUCAGGUCAUGGGUUAUUGCCUCCUCACAGCAAAGGGAGCAGCAGAGACAUUGAAGUUCAACAUGGCUCUUAUCCUCUUCCCCGUAUGCAGAAACACCAUUACUUGGCUUAGGUCCACCAGGAUGGGUUACGUUGUGCCUUUUGACGAUAAUAUCAACUUUCACAAGACAAUAGCUGCAGCAAUCAUAAUUGGAGUCAUUCUCCAUGCUGGUAACCAUCUGGCAUGUGAUUUCCCGAGGCUUAUUCAAUCUUCUGAUAAAAAAUAUGAACCUUUGAUUAGUGACUUUGGAAGCCAUAAACCUACAUACAUGGACCUAGUUAAAGGGCCAGAGGGAGUAACUGGAGUUCUUAUGGUUAUCCUCAUGGCAAUUGCAUUCACACUGGCAACAAAAUGGUUUAGGAGGAAUCUCAUUAAGUUACCCAAGCCCUUUGACAGAAUCACCGGCUUCAAUGCCUUUUGGUAUUCACAUCAUCUAUUUGUCAUCGUAUACAUCUUGCUCAUCAUCCAUGGCGUCUUCCUAUAUCUUGCACACAGAUGGUACACUAAGACGACGUGGAUGUAUCUUGCUGUUCCAGUUUUAUUGUACGCGGGAGAAAGGAUCCUGAGAUUUUUUCGUUCUGGGUUCUAUACAGUAAAGCUUUUGAAGGUUGCAAUUUAUCCAGGAAAUGUUCUCACAGUGCAAAUGUCUAAGCCGCCUCAAUUUCGUUAUAAGAGCGGACAGUACAUGUUUGUCCAAUGCCCCAGGGUUUCUCCUUUUGAAUGGCAUCCAUUUUCCAUUACCUCUGCUCCUGGGGAUGACUAUCUUAGUGUUCACAUCCGUCAGCUAGGUGACUGGACCCAAGAGCUUAAAAGAUUAUUCUCAAAGAUCUGUGAAUCUCCUGUAGCUGGGAACAGUGGGCUUCUCAGGGCAGAUGAGGAAACAAAGAAAAGUUUACCGAGGCUCAGAAUUGAUGGGCCUUAUGGUGCCCCCGCUCAAGACUAUAGCAAGUAUGAUGUCCUGCUUCUUGUUGGUCUUGGCAUUGGUGCCACGCCAUUCAUCAGUAUUUUAAAAGAUCUGCUCAACAACAUUGUUAAAAUGGAGGAGCUGGCAGAUUCUGUAUCAGAUUUAAGUAGGACUUCAGACCUAGGUUCAGAAAGCAAUGAUUUCACCACUUCAAGACGAAGGAAAACACUCAAGACGACAAAUGCAUACUUCUACUGGGUAACCAGGGAGCAAGGUUCAUUUGAUUGGUUCAAAGGUGUCAUGAAUGAAAUCGCAGACCUUGAUAAAAGGGGUGUCAUUGAAAUGCACAACUAUUUGACUAGUGUCUACGAGGAAGGGGAUGCACGUUCGGCUCUCAUCACUAUGGUUCAAGCGUUAAAUCAUGCUAAAAACGGGGUUGACAUUGUUUCUGGCACUAGUGUUAGGACCCAUUUUGCAAGGCCUAAAUGGAACAAGGUUCUUUCUAAGCUAAGUUCCAAGCAUUGCAAUGCAAGAAUAGGAGUCUUCUAUUGUGGAGCACCAAUGUUGGCUAAAGAACUCAGCAAACUCUGCCAGGAGUUCAACCUCAACCAAAAAGGUUCUACCAAAUUCGAAUUCCACAAAGAACAUUUCUAAAGAGACCUAGGGUGAGUAAAUGUCUGUGCAACCAACAGACCCAUAUAUACCUUUAUCUACAAAAUUACUCCUGGAAUAAGCUCAAAGAGCACAGUCACUGUACAGUCUAGAUUAAAUAAAAAGGGGAAUGAGAAAGAAGAACGGUAUACGCAUACAAAAUAUUUUUCUUUACUUCAGAUGUAUUUUAUAUGUACUGUUAAUCACAACCACCAAUGUAGUUAUCCUAAUUAAGAAGAUGGCCUAUCAUCGUCCUUGUCAAGGAACAUGGGAAACCAUAAAGGUGACAAGUGGCAUGUGACCCAGAACGUGACGUUGGGGAAGGUGAGGGAAAGUUGCUUAGUGCGGUACAGCUGCAAUGGAGAAGUAGGAGAGCGGAUUGGUUGUUAGAUGAUGAUGAUAAUGACGAUUAUGAGGCCAUGAACGAUUGGAAGAUAUCCAUAGGUGGGAUUAGAAGAUGACAGCAUUGAAAAAGUAGAGAAUGAAAGGAGGCAAUGGUAGGGUAGAUUUGUGGAAUGUAGAUGGGCAUUUUGUCUUUUGAAGUUUCCCAAUUUUCCUAGAAGGAAUCUUUCUAGAAUGAAAGGUUGCUGUGGCUGAUAAUCCAGCUGACGUAUUAUUGUUAUCCAAUUAUAUUCAGAUUUUUUUUUUUUUUUGAAAUUUUACAAAAUUUAGUCAGGAAUGCAAGGGUGUUAUGUUGAAUGUUACAUGUAAGUGUUUCUUGAUGUGCAAAUGUGAAUGGAA